CGCUAUUCUUUUCCAUCUCCUUUCUUUCCCUCAAAUCUUCGAAUCUUUUCUCUCUUCCUCUCUCUCUCUCUAUGCCAGGAAUCGUCACGACGGUGAUGAUCCGGUCCUUCUUCUUUUGAGAGAAGCGAAGGGUGGCGGAGGGAGCUCGGAUCUGCUCGCCGGGGAAGGAUUGGAAGGCGGCGGCGGCGUUGGUGGUGGAGGAAUGGCGUACAGGGCGGACGACGACUAUGAUUACCUCUUCAAGGUGGUGCUGAUCGGGGACUCGGGGGUGGGGAAAUCGAACCUGCUGUCGAGGUUUACGAGGAAUGAGUUCAGCCUCGAGUCCAAGUCCACCAUCGGCGUCGAGUUCGCUACCCGGAGCAUCCACGUCGAAGACAAGGUCGUCAAGGCCCAGAUUUGGGACACCGCCGGCCAAGAAAGAUACCGAGCUAUCACAAGUGCAUAUUAUCGAGGAGCUGUUGGUGCACUCCUUGUCUAUGAUGUUACUCGUCAUGUCACAUUUGAGAAUGUGGAAAGAUGGUUAAAGGAACUUAGGGAUCACACAGAUUCCAAUAUUGUAAUAAUGCUUGUCGGGAACAAAGCUGAUUUGCGCCACCUUAGAGCUGUUUCAACUGAAGAAGCAAAGGCUUUUGCUGAGAGGGAGAACACCUUCUUCAUGGAGACAUCUGCUCUGGAAGCAAUGAAUGUGGAGAAUUCCUUCACUGAAGUGCUCACUCAGAUCUAUCGCGUGGUCAGCAGGAAGGCACUUGAUGUUGGAGAUGAUCCAGCAGCAUUGCCUAAGGGCCAGACCAUUAAUGUGGGAACCAAGGACGAUGUAUCUGCUGUGAAAAAAGUUGGUUGCUGCUCAGUUUAGGUCUGGGUAACAAGUUAAUUGAUCUUGUGAUCUAGGGAAACUCUGGAGAAUUUCACUUAAAAAAUGCUUCUCCUCACACAGAAAUUUUGCUGGUGAUUACAUGGUUUGAAUGUGUUUAAACUUUGCCUGAGAUGGCUAGAGAUUAGGAUUUAAUUUUUGUAGUUUGUCAUUUUGUUGCAUUCAGACUUUUGUUUCUCAUUUGAUGUAUUGCUAUUGCUUUUGAUUAAUACAAGCUACUGUUGCAUUCAAUCGUUGGAUUCUUGGAA